UAGACAUAUUUAAAGUGAGCAUGCCAAUGACGAGACAGCAAGGUACUCUUCCGUAAUUCGGUAGCCGCAAGUUGAAACGAACAUCUAGUAAAUAUUCGGUUUCUUUGUCUACCUACCUACCUAUCUACCUACCUACCUACAGGUAUAUAUGUAAGCAGAGCUGCUCGAAGCCAUCUAGGGUACCUAUACAUAGUAUCUAAAGCCGACCUACGAUAUCCACCCAAAAUAUAUCGACGUCUUGAGUCUUAAUACACCACCUACCUUAACACUACCUCACAAGAGCGAUGGCCGGAAAGUUUGAGCCCAAGGUUCCUAUAACCCUGAACCCUCCUAAGGAUGACCCUAUUUCCAUCGAAGUGCUAGCUAAAGCAGACGGCACUGAGGGACAAAAUGCUUACGUCGCAAUCAAGGGCAAGGUCUACGACGUCAGUGCAAAUAAUGCAUAUCGAGUAGGCGGCUCAUAUCAUGUCUUUGCGGGGAAGGAUGCCUCUCGUGCACUGGGGAUGUCUUCAGUCAAGCCAGAAGACGUAAAGCCGGAGUGGCAGGAUCUGGACGAUGAUAAAAAGAAAGUUUUGAACGAUUGGAUCACUUUCUUUUCGAAACGUUAUAAUGUCAUCGGUAUCGUCGAAGGUGCAACCAACUUAGAGUAGACACCGAUAUUUGUCAGGCCUGGAUGGUGUAUUCUUCAUACCUACCUAACCUACAUGUUUGAUGUUACUCUAGUAACUUGAGCGGGGGAUCAUAUCAAAAUACCAAUCAUAGCUUCAGGCAUCGAGUAGCCUAAUGUAUUUCAAUGGGAUGGCCUGGACUUAUAUUGCACAUGCAUCUAUGAAACGACGAAUUUUUCAAAACGAGAUAAAUUCCAAGGUUCUCUACUUAGCACUCAUUUAGAGACUGCACAGGACUACGCCUACCGAACAAAAGGAGCUACAUAAUGAAAGCUCAUACAGUCAUUCUAUGCUUGCUUGUCGUACGAAGAGUAUUACUGCGCGCGGGGGGGAAGUGAACACAACAUAUCGUUGGAGACUCAACAGUCACGUCUUCCGAAAUUCUACAACUAUCUAUCUACUAUUAGUAGGUACAGGAGUGGACUCAGCACUGUUCUACAUUUAUAAAGCGCAUGGAUAGUUCACUUAGCAACGAUCCCCU